AUGGAACAGUCAAAUUCUAAUAUUAUGGAUCUGUAUAAAGACAUUUAUACGAUCAAUGACUAUUUUUAUGAGGAUAAUGGCCAAUUAAUAGUUAAUACAAAACACAAAUCAAUCGACGAUAAUUGCCAUUCCUGGUGUGACUCAGGAGAAGGCGAUUGUCAUGAUUAUCUUGAAAUGACUAAUUGUAGUGUUUUUUAUUUGCUAAAUAAUUUAAAGGACAAGUUUGAUUCAAAAUUUGAUAAACUUGUCGAAUACGCUAUUUUAUGGUUAAGUUAUAAACUAAAUCAAAAUUCAGAAUAUAGUGGCAUGAAAUUAAAUGAUUUUUAUACUAAAUAUAUAGAAACAAAUGAUAAUUAUAAUAUUGAAAUAAAAGAUAAUGAUAAAACAACUUAUAAGGAUAUUAUAAAUAAAAAUAAAUAUUUGAUGGAUAAUAAUGAAAUAUCUAAAUUUAAUCGUCUAUUUAAUAUAUUAUUUCAUAUGUAUUAUAUAUAUCGUGUUGAAGAUUGGAAUUACGAUAAAAAUUUGGGAUAUGCUAAAUCUUUUGCUGAAGAAUUUGAAGGACUCAAUGAAGAUUCUAAGAAUAGAGAAGGCAGUCUAUAUACUCAAAUAUUGUCUACAUUAUCAAAUGAUUAUGAUAAUUUAAAAAAUAAAUACGGUGAAAAUAUAUCUUGCAACUUUCCAUCUAUUUCAAAAGUAAACCUCCCAAAAAGUUCUGUAGAAAAUUAUGGAAAAGAUGAUGAACAAAUAUUGGGACAGUCAUCUUAUAGUAUUGAGGAUGUGUAUACUGUAUUUAAUAAGAUCGAUCGCGAUUUUGGUGUGAAGACGGAAAGUGGAAAAUUAGUUGAACAUACUAAUCAAUCAAUCAAUAGAUAUUGUCCUUACAUUAGUUCCACAGGAUCUAAUUUAUGUUUUGAUUAUCUUCAAAGCGCUAGUUCUGGUGUUAUUAAUUUGUUAGAAGAAUUAAAGAAGUAUAAUUUAGAAUAUGAUAAACUUGCCGAAUACGCUAUUUUAUUGUUAAGUUAUAAACUAAAUCAACAUCCACAGUAUAGUGGCACCAAAUUAAAUGAUUUUUAUACUAAUCAUAUAGAAAAUAAUAAUUAUUAUAAUAAGAAUAUAAAAGAUAAUGGUCCGACUUAUAAGGAAAUUAUAAAUAAAAAUAAUGAUUUGAUGAAUACUAAUGAAAUAUCUAAAUUUAAUGUUCCAUUUAGUAUAUUACUUUUAUUGUAUAAUGGAAUUAAAAGCAACAAUCUGAAUUGCAAAAAAUAUUCGAGUUAUCCUAAAACGUUUGCUAGUAAUUUUGAAGAACUUAAUAAUGAUUAUAAUAUUAAUGGAAAUGCUUCAUUCAGAAAAUUAUUGUCUAUAUUAUCACAUGAUUAUAAUAAUUUAAAAAAUAAAUAUGGUAAAGAUGAAUCUUGCGAUUUUCCAACCCUUUCACCGGUAAAAACAUUAUCAAGUUCGUCGAUAGCAAGCAAAUUAAUUCCAGGUUUAUCGACAUUUUCUGUAAUACCAGCUUUCUUGGGAAUUGCUUAUAAGGUAAAUAAUAAGGAAUUAAAACUAUAA